AUGUCCAACACAUCUCGCCCUUCGCGAUCCCCUCAGCCACCGCCAAUCGCCGAGACGGACCGCUCUUCGAACCCCAGCUCCAAAUCGAAGACGCCCUCAACUGGCGUCUCGUCGCAGCACUCGUCGCUGUCCGCCCCGCGGCGCUACAAUCCCGAUGCGCACCCUCCACGCAAAUUGCGCUCGCAGUACCCGCGGGGUUCAACCGAGAAUCAUGUCGAGUACAUCCUGGUCGCUUCGUUCGACAUUGACCGAGGCCCGGUCAUGGAGCACCAGUAUCCCGUCUCCAUAACUGGCGAUGAACACAUGUUGGCGGAGCUCAUGUUGCCCGACCAGGCCCACGUACGAAAUCAGGACUGGACCAUAUUCUUCUUGCACAAGGAUACGAGCCAGGAGGAGGAAGACGAAGAGCGCAAGGCCAAGGCGGCCAGGAAAAAGAGGAGGAAGAUUUUGAGGAAUCGCGCAGCGGGUAUCAUCGACGAGGACGACGAGGGCGAAGACCUAGGGGACGAGGAAGAUUUGGAGAACUUGGAUGACUAUGACGACGACGAGUCAACUGACGACGAACCGGAAGGGGGCGAAGGGCCUCCGUUGAUCUACGUGCUGAAUUUAGUCAAUACGAAACAAGACAAGACGGUCAAGAGAGGUGCUGUAGUCAAAGCCAUGGCUAUUUGCACCAGGCAUCCGUUCUUGCACAUCUAUAAGCCUCUUCUUCUUUUAGCAUUGGACGAGUACUUCAAGGCACCAGUUCCCGAGACUUUGGCCAUGUUGUACGAUGCUGUGAACGCCAUGGACCUGUCUCUCAUGCCGAAAUUAAGUCUGCUCGAAAGACAUCUGCUUCAGGCCAGCGACAACAAGGACCUGUUUGUCGAGAAGUUUGAACAGAUGAUUCAGAUGCGGAUGGCCGAAGAUCGUGGCGAGCACGUCAGCGACCAACCAUUCGAUGCGAGUCGCGAACCUCCUAAAAUGCCAGGUGUGUCGCGAAAAGGAACCAAAGCACAUAUCGAACUUGGCUCGACAUAUUCCGUGCCCCGAGAUACCCACGAAUUCGAAAGCAAGGUCAUGUACAAGGGCAUUCCGGUACCAAUCAAGGUGCCUGUUGCCGUCAUGCCAGAAACCGUGGGCGACUUCUCCUUGAUCAAACUGAUCCAGAAGUUCUCUGAGCCCCAGGGCAAAUCACCACAACCGUUCCCUCUACACCCGCAAUUGACAACAAAUGGGCCUCAUACACACCCGAUUAUUGUUUUGGUAAACGCCCUGUUGACGCAAAAGCGGGUGAUCUUCCUAGGACACAACAUGCCGUCGGGUGAUGUUGCGGAAGCCGUCUUGGCGGCAUGCGCCUUGGCAUCCGGCGGCACACUCAGGGGCUUCACGCGGCAUGCGUUCCCUUACACGGACUUGACCAAAAUCGACGACCUUCUGAACGUACCAGGAUUCAUCGCUGGCGUGACAAACCCGACGUUCGAAUUACAUCCUGAAUGGUGGGACGUCCUCUGCGAUCUCCCAACAGGACGCGUCAAGAUCAGUAGCAAGAUUGAUCCGGCACCGGUGACUGAGGGUAUGGUGUACUUCCAGCAGCAAAAUCCGUCCUACGCCGGACUUGUCGGGGGUACAUCAAAGGUCGCUGCCGAAAGUGAUCUGACGGGAGACGCUGCGUUCAUGCAAGAUAUCCUGAGGAGCAUUGCGGCAAGACACGGCGAGAGAGUAAUACGCGCGAAGUGGAGGGACUGGGUUAUCAAGUUUACACGAAUCGCCGCCGCCUUUGAAGAGAGCGUGUACGGCGCGAGCGCCCUGUACAUUGGCGGCGACGAGUUGGAGAUGGGCAGCAUCGGCAUCAACGGACACGGCUACGUAUGGCCGGACGAGCAGUCGAAACACAAGGAGCUGGCUGGCAACGUGACGAGGAUCGAAGGCUGGAGAAACACAAGAAGCUACUACAGCUUUAUCCAGGAUCUCGCACAGAUGUACCAGGUUAGGCCACUCAAGGGUCUCGACUUGCACCACAUGCACGACCGGUUGCGCACCCAACGGCUCAACCCGAUGCAGAGCAAGGAGAUUUACAUACAGUUCUCCAAGUUCGUCCACUCUUACGACGAGAUCUGUCUGCUCCUCAGCUUCGCGCCCGAGUCCCACGCCGGGUUGUUCUACAUCGCCCUCGGCCUCUUCCACAAGGACCGCGAGGUCCGCCUCAGGACGACGGACUUGCUGGAACGCAUCGGCGAGCACGAGGCCGGACAGCACUGGUGGAAGGCGCUCAGCCGGUUCGAGAAGCUGGCGUAUAACCGCAUACGCAAGGAGGCCGACGCGGAGAUGCGGGCCAAGCUCGAGAAGGAGGGCUUGAGUCCCGAGGUGGAGAGGCGGGUUAGUUAG